UUUUUGUUUGGCCGAGUCAAAUCAAAUAUAUCCUUCUGCAAGCAGCGAAGCACGGGGUCUAUUUCCAAUCCAUUGAAAAAGGAAACGCAAAGAGAGAAGAAAAAGUGACAAUUUUGUGUCAUCUGGUCGCUAGGAAUCGUAGUGCGCGGGAUGAAGAAGGGGGCAGCGAGCUAGAAAUGGAGGGGACGUCGUUUUUACGGAACAGAUACUGGGUUUUGAGGCAUGGCAAGAGCAUUCCAAACGAGAGAGGCCUUAUUGUUUCCUCCAUGGAAAACGGUACGCGUCCAGAAUUCAAAUUGGCUUCCGAGGGAGUUAAUCAAGCAGAAUUGGCUGGAAAAUUAUUCCAAAAGGAACUAGAGACUAGCAGCAUAUUACUUGAAAAUGUACGCAUUUGUUACUCUCCAUUUUCAAGAACAAGCCACACUGCCAAAGUGGUUGCAAAUGUGUUAAACCUUCCUUUUCAAGGCUCACAGUGUAAGAUGAUGGAAGAUCUACGAGAACGCUUCUUUGGUCCUUCAUUUGAACUUCAAUCACAUAAUAAAUAUGCAGAGAUUUGGGAUGCUGACGAGAAGGAUCCAAUUGCAAGGCCAAAAGGAGGAGAAAGUGUCAAGGAUGUUGCUUGUAGACUGGCAAGGGCAAUGGCUGUCAUAGAGUCAGAAUGCAGGGGAUGUGCCAUUUUGGUAGUCAGCCACGGAGAUACCCUGCAAAUCUUGCAGUCACUUUUGAAUGCAGCUAACCAACACAAGGAUUCAACUUAUGUUGAGUUAGAAUCAAGAUUAGAGGCAGUCCAAGUGGCACCCAUACUAUCCGAGCACCGCAAAUAUUCGCUGCUUACUGGAGAGCUCAGGGCAGUCAUUUGAUAUUUGCUGCCCAGAAGAAAGGCAGCCAUUUUUUGCGAUCCUAUCUCAUUUGCCAAUUUACUGUGAUCAUAUUUUUGAAGAAUUAAAAUGGACUUUUGCAGACAUCAUAUGUGACAAUAUAUCUAUCAAGAAUGUCGCGAUUCACAUUCAAAGUGUUAUGUAUAGGAGGUUUUAACUUGGUUCUGACAAGAUUUCUUUACAUAUCCUGCGGCUAGAAAUGGCUCGAUGGCAGUUAUUUUGCUUUAGAAUUGUCAACAGAUAGUCACUUGCAGUCCAACGUUGAGAAACCAUGUGUUACUUAACAGUGUUUUUGAAGAAAUUGGUCAGUUUCCAGAAUCCAGGAUUAGUCCUGUUAUGGCGACAAGGCAUCUUUCAGAUACAUGGCAAAGGGCUCGACAAUUGACACUGAAAAGUGACAACAAUGGUGGGAACAUCUGACAGCAAUGCAAGUGGAAAAAGGAGAAUCAAUGUGGCUUAUGACGAAAUUAGUGACUGUUGGGAUGAAGGCUCCCAACAAUAGUCGCUUACCUAUCUUGGAGGCAAGUGGGCUUGCCUAUGCUGAGAUGACCGAAUACGAUCAUCAAUUGUGCUCCUAAAAUAUAUGCAGCAUCAUUUAAGUAGAAGUCCCUUUACCCUUAGAAAUUACGGCUGGUGGUGAAAGGGUAUUACCUAAUGAUGCAUGUAGAUCACAGGAGAUGAUGAGAACUCGUGUAAUAGUCAUAGUAUAAUGUGAGAAAUUUUUACUUGUCCAUCAGUCAUUUCUCCAUUAAGAGGGACAGUGGCCACAGUCCAUACUCCCAUUCCCAUUAUUGCUGGUUUGCAUGGUCUAAACGUCCCAUUGGAUACUCCAUGACUGAGAGGAUUGAGCUUUGGAAGAAGGAAAAGUUUGAAAUUGUCAAUAGCUGGCUAAUGCUAUAUGUUUUUCCGUA